AUGUCACCAUCAUCCUCAAACUCCUCGAGAAAUGAAGAGAGCGAUGAGCCUCUUCUCUCUCCAAACGGGGACCGCUUUGUAAUGUACCCAGUGAGGUACCAAGGCGUUUUUGAAAUGUACAAAAAGGCAGUAGCGAGUUUUUGGACGGUAGAGGAGGUUGACCUGUCCCAGGACAUGCGCGACUGGGAGAAACUCUCAGAUGACGAGAGACACUUCAUCACGCACAUCCUGGCCUUUUUUGCUGCUUCUGACGGGAUUGUGAUGGAGAACCUGGCUGUCCGCUUCAUGUCAGAGGUCCAAAUUCCGGAGGCGAGGGCGUUCUAUGGCUUCCAGAUAGCCAUCGAGAAUGUGCACAGCGAGAUGUACAGCCUGCUGCUAGAUCACUACAUCCGGGAUGUGGACCAGAAAGACAAGAUGCUGAGGGCUAUCCAGACGGUGCCGUGCGUGGGGAAGAAGGCGGAGUGGGCGCAACGAUGGAUCGGCGGCGGGGAGAGCUUUGCCGAGCGGCUGGUCGCGUUCGCUUGCGUGGAGGGCAUCCACUUCAGCGGCUCCUUCUGCGCCAUCUUCUGGCUGAAGAAGCGCCUGCUCAUGCCCGGGCUCACCUUCUCCAACGAGCUCAUCUCGCGUGACGAAGGCCUGCACACCGACUUUGCCUGCCUCCUCUACAGCCAACUGCAGCACCCCCUCGACCAGGCGGCGGUGUACAGAAUAGUGCGGGAGGCGGUGGAGCUGGAGCACGAGUUCUGCUGCGAGGCGCUCAGCUGCGCGCUGGUGGGCAUGAACGCUGACCUCAUGCGCCAGUACAUUGACUACGUGGCCGACCGCCUGCUGGUGGCCCUGGGCUGUGAGAAGCUGUACAACACCGCCAACCCAUUCGACUGGAUGGAGAUGAUCUCCCUGCAGGGGAAGACCAAUUUCUUUGAGAGGCGGGUGGGCGAGUACCAGAGGGCCGGGGUGAUGAAUGGCGCACAGCCAGCUGGAGAGCGGCAGGCCUAUGUUUUCACAAUGGACGAGGACUUCUGA